AUGUCUGCCGCAGUUGCUUCAGCGGCCAACGCUGCUCCCAGUAGUUCGUGCAAAUGCAUGGAUAAAUUUCUGGCGACCGAUGCUGGCCUUCCAAUAUUCUCUAAGAUUUCUUCAACCUCAAGGUUAGUGGAAACUCGAUUCGAACACAACCUGUCGCCCUCUCUUGCUAUCCUGGUCCUGCUUCCAAUCCAGCUCAAUGUGACUUAUGCCGAUGCGAACUGGGACAAUGCCACGUUCCAAGCUGACAUGUCGUUGAGCUCUCAUACCCAACCAAUAUCGCCUGCCCUCCCGUCAAUGCUACGGCAAGGGAGACUGCUCAGAGGUCCUACACACUAG